CGCGGGGCGUGUAGGGGGUAGGCUGGCGUGGCGCUGGCUCCAGGGGUAUGGAGCGUCUGGCGCGUGGACAGACUGUCAGGUGGUUGCGGAGACGAAUCUUAUUCUAAGAACUCAGACACUCAGGUAUCCACCAUGGUGUUGGGUCCUGAACAGAAGACACCAGAUGAUGCUUCUGGAGACCACGGGGACCCUGCCAGUCUUGGGGCCAUCAACCCUGCCUACAGUAACUCCUCUCUUCCACAGUCCUCUGGGGGGCACUCAGAGGAGCCCUUCACCACCUACUUUGAUGAGAAGAUCGCCAUUCCUGAGGAGGAGUACUCUUGUUUUAGCUUUCGUAAACUCUGGGCUUUCACGGGUCCGGGAUUUCUUAUGAGCAUUGCCUACCUGGAUCCAGGAAACAUUGAAUCCGAUUUGCAGUCUGGAGCAGUGGCUGGAUUUAAGUUGCUCUGGGUUCUUCUGAUGGCCACCAUCGUGGGGCUCCUGCUCCAGCGCCUUGCAGCUAGACUGGGAGUGGUCACUGGGCUGCAUCUUGCUGAAAUGUGUCACCGUCAGUAUCCCAGGGUUCCACGAAUUAUCCUGUGGCUGAUGGUGGAGUUGGCUAUCGUUGGCUCAGAUAUGCAAGAAGUUAUUGGCUCCGCUAUUGCCAUCAACCUCCUCUCUGUAGGAAGGGUCCCGCUGUGGGGUGGAGUUCUUAUCACCAUUGCAGAUACCUUUGUAUUUCUCUUUUUGGACAAAUAUGGCUUGCGGAAGCUAGAAGCAUUUUUUGGUUUUCUCAUCACAAUUAUGGCCCUCACAUUUGGAUAUGAGUAUGUUACAGUGAAACCCAGCCAGACCCAGGUCCUCAAAGGCAUGUUCCUGCCAUCCUGUUCAGGCUGUCAUACCUCACAGAUCGAGCAGGCUGUGGGCAUCGUGGGUGCUGUUAUCAUGCCACACAACAUGUACCUGCAUUCUGCUUUAGUCAAGUCCAGACAGGUAGACCGAGCCAAUAAGGAGGAAGUUCGCGAAGCCAAUAAGUACUUUUUCAUUGAAUCCUGCAUUGCUCUUUUUGUUUCCUUUAUCAUCAACGUCUUUGUCGUCUCAGUCUUUGCUGAAGCAUUUUUUGAGAAAACCAACAAGCAGGUGGUUGAAGUCUGUAGAAAUAUCAGCAGUCCCCAUACUCAUCUUUUUCCUGACGAUAACUCAACACUGACUGUGGACAUCUACAAAGGGGGUGUUGUGCUGGGGUGUUACUUCGGGCCUGCUGCACUCUACAUCUGGGCAGUGGGGAUCCUGGCUGCAGGACAGAGCUCCACCAUGACAGGAACCUACUCUGGCCAGUUUGUCAUGGAGGGAUUCCUGAACCUAAAGUGGUCACGCUUUGCCCGAGUGAUUCUGACCCGCUCUAUUGCCAUCAUCCCCACUCUGCUUGUUGCCGUCUUCCAAGAUGUAGAGCAUCUGACAGGGAUGAAUGACUUCCUGAAUGUUCUUCAGAGCUUACAACUUCCCUUUGCUCUCAUACCCAUCCUCACGUUUACGAGCUUGCGGCCGGUAAUGAGUGAAUUUGCCAAUGGAAUAGGCUGGAGGAUCGCAGGCGGUAUCUUGGUCCUUAUCAUCUGUUCCAUCAACAUGUACUUUGUCAUGGUUUAUGUCCAGGAACUAGGGCAUGUGGCAUUGUAUGUGGUGGCUGCUGUGGUCAGCAUAGCUUACCUGAGCUUUGUGUUUUACUUGGGUUGGCAAUGUUUGAUUGCACUGGGCAUGUCCUUCCUAGACUGUGGGCACACGUACCUACGUCUGGGAUUGACAGUUCAGCCUGAACUCUACCUUCUGAACACCGUGGAUGCUGACUCACUUGUGUCUAGAUGACUGACAGCCUGAGAGACUCUAUAAGACCCACUUUCUCUUAGUCCUUUUGUGCCAAGUGUCCUGUUAACGUUAUCUCUGUUAGUUCAGUGGUGAGUUUUGUUCAAGCAUUUUGAGCAAAAGGCAAAGAUUUCCUCACGGGACGGGUGUUAAAAGCUGACAGCUUUAAGUGUAGGUCAGAGACCCGCAGAGUCCUGCAACUGCCAGGGUUAAAUUUUUAGCCUAUGAUGGUCACACACCCCUAUGGGCUUGUGUCUCGACUUAUGGAAUUUAAAAAAUAUAUAUGUGUGUAUGUUUAUGUAAACCUGAACAUAUCAGUUUGGGUAGAGUUUUAAGGUUAUAUAAAAAUGAUAGAUCUUUUGUAUUUUUUUAACAAAUGGUGCUCAGAUAAAUCAGAUAUUUAUUUUGUCUGGAUCGCAAGUGACAAAGGAAAAGGAGCACUGUUCUUUUUCAGAGUGAACUGGUCAAGCUGACUUACUUUUAAAGUGAUACUUGACUAUAGCCAGUUAAAUUUCACUUUGAUCUUAAUUGACCAAACCUUGGUAACUACUGAUACUAGCACAUCAUUUCCAAAGAAAACACUUCUUCUACUUGGCAUAUUUAAUCCUGGUUGUCGGUGUGCUUUGUGAUUGUUAUUUUCUUUGUUGCUUUUCUUGAGUUUUUUUCAGAGGUAUGAUGGUAUUUUCCAAAGAGCUUAAUGCCUACGAACAGGAUCCAGAAAUCACACUUAAACCAAUGAUCAGUUUUCCCUGCUGCAUUGUAACUCAGCCCAUUCUAGCAUUUAAGUUGUAGGUAUAAAAAGAAUUCUAACAUUUAACUUUGUAAGUCCCAACAGAAGAUAAUGGAGGUAUUAGUUUUCUUUCUGAUGUGUGUAUAGUCCCACCAUGUCUUUUCUUCCCACUUUUCCCAUUAACACUCCAAACACCAUUUCUAGGUCCAAAGUCUAUUUCCCAGAGUGGCUAAUAUUUCUCAUGCUGACUCUCCUAGGGAAUGCUAAGCAUUUUAAGUUAUAUAUACCAAGUAUAAUAGUGUGAGAUGAGAACUAGACUGGGACUUGGAAGAUUUGUCCACAUGUCACAAGCUGCCUGCCUACAUGUGGCUUAUAGAUAUUUUUUGACCCCCUCUUCCUAACCAGGAUUUUUUUUUUCCAUAAAAUUUUUAUAAUAAAACAUUUAAUAUUUAAAACUUGAAAGUUUCUGCAUAACAAUCUGAUUGAAAAGUCAGAAGAUUUUCAACACUGGGCCCACGUUCCUUCACGGAAGUGCAGUUGGCUUGAACUGAAUGGCA